CAGUCGGGGUGGUUGUGGCCCCUAAAUCAGCACAACAACAACAACUGCGCUGUAGCUGCCCCUAACCCUACAGCAGCAACAACCUGUAGCUAUAUUGGAGGGUUGUGUUGGUGUGCGAGGUGAGGAAGAUGAGUAACAUGGAGGUGAAGGUAGAGUGCGUGCUGCAGAAGUUGUGUGGCCACCAGGUAAUAGAAGAGGCAGCGCUGGUCGAGGACGACACCGUGCUACACAAACUACACACUCACCUCCACCUCCAUCUCACCAAGAGUGCCAAUGGAUAUGAAUGGGCACAACAAGUUGGAUUAGUGUCCUUCAUAAAGACUGUUCUUGCGAGAAGUGCUGAUGGCAGUGCAAAAAAUCCAGCAACAGUUGCAUUUGCCUUGAAAGCCUUGUCAUCACUUAUUGCCAAUGAAGACAACUUUAAUAUCUUUCUUGAAGACAAGGUUCUUUGUCACUUCCUACUUAUUCUGCCAAGCAUACGGAGUGAUCCAACGCUCUCUUCUUCAGCGCUCAUUCUCGUGCAAGCUAUCUACAAGCACAAAACUGGACUUUAUUGGCUGAUAAAAAAUGGUAUAUGGGAGAAAAUGUUGCUACCAUGCCUUCGAAGCUCCAGCAUGUUUGUGCAGCGAGAAGGUGUGAAUGUUAUAUCCUCGUUUAUGCUGUUGACUAUCGAAACUAAGCAUUUUGAGUCUUUACUGAAGGACUUGCUUAUUAUUUCGGAUAAGUUCUGCGAGUUGCGAAGACUUUUGAGCAAGAGCGAUGGGGAAGAACUUAGACAGAGCAACUUGUGUGUAAUGCGCAUAAUUAGGCAACUAUUCUUACAGACUUUAGGGAAGGUUCCUGCCUACUCGGUGGUAGGAAAUACUGUUGAUAUAACUCAGCGAUUUUUUUCAAUGCUGAACUGCAACAUCCCAGUUACAUCUGUGACAUGUGGUACUGAUGUGCUGAUACUCAAUAUACUACAUAAAUUUCAAGAGCAGCUCAUGGGAUAUGGCAUUUUAGAACAGUUUCUACUAGAUUCCUUGUGUUGGGAUAUGAUCGCUUUAACCAGGCUGCUGCUAGAGAAAGGCUACAUCGAAUCCUUCCUCAGGUCAUCCGUAAACAUUCACAGAUAUUGGAUAAUCAUGGUCCAAAAUCUUAAGGAAGCCAAGAAUAUUGAUUUGACCUCAAUUGAAGCUUUGCUCCAUAUUGUCACAAAUUUCCAGGUAACUUCAAUACUGGUACUGUACCGAGCUUCCCUGGAUAAAUUGUUCAAGGAGUGUCCUCGGAAGAAAGAAGUUAUAGCCAAAUGGAAUGAGGAUAUUCAUAGUCGAAUAAAUAUAAAAGAAGACAUCUUGGUUGAGGCUUCGAAGCUGGAGAAAGAAAUUGUAGAAUCAUUAGAUAAGGACACACAUGAAGCAAUUCGCAUGGCUCUUGUAUGCAUCUCCGCAUUCACAAAUGCUACUGAUUACCUCAAUCAAACAUGUGCAGUGACAGUCUUCCAAGGACUGGUGUUUCUGCUUGGUUCACAAGACUUGGAUCAUUCCCCCAUGAGGUAUCAUGUAGCACUGCAGAGAGCAGUGAUUGAUGGAUUGCGUGUGCUAGUGGAAAAAUUCAACAUGGACUGGAGAAAGUGUUAUGCUUCUGUGUGUCUAAUGGCCAAGUUAUGCGAUGUUGUCAAUAUACCAGGACUCUCCCCACAGGUUAAAGUGUGCACAUUGAAGGCCAUGAAUUCCUGCAUAAAUGGCUUCAUUCCACCUGUCAUGGCAAUGUUGGUGAACAGUGAAGAUUUGGAGCAUAGGCCUAACAGUGUUGAACUUUUGGGCAGGUCAUUAAGCAUUUACUUGGGAGACAGAGACUGGGAAGUGAGGGACUCUGCAUUGGAAAUCCUCAUCACGUGCAUGAAGCUGGCCAAAGAAAAGUACCCGCACUUUGUUGACUGGAUGCUGCGCUACAAACUGAACUUGGCUGUUAUAACUGCUCUUGGAGAUAUUGAAGGAUAUGUCAGAGCAAGUGCCUUCACUGUCCUUGCAAAUAUAAUAUCCUUUGACAAGGUGUACAUGGAGUUGAAGGAAGAGGGUCUGCCUCACCGUGCUUUGGCCUUUGCACUGCAGGAAGGAGAGUCCUCUGUAAGAAAAGCUGCCAUAACUCUUGUACAGGAGCUGUUCUUGGCAGGCAAAUACAGUGAAGAAGAAGUGACUGGUUUUGUUGUAAGAAUAAUCCAGCGUUCCGCAGAAGAUCCAGAUGAUGAGGUACGAUUGGCAUCUCUGGAAUUCAUCUACACUCAUAUCCUUUGGACUCUAAAUAAAGCAGGAAUGGUUGAUGGAGAAUUUCCCCAAGUGACAUUUAGCAAAGGAAAGAUUAUAAAGCUUGAUAAAGAAAAAGUGAGGAGUCGUAUUCAUGCUGUUCUCACUUGGAUUUGCGAGUGUGGCUACAUGUGCUCUUUACUGGCGUGUAUAAAGGACCUGGUAACGAGUGUGGCAGCCAAAGCAAGAGAGAUUCUGCGCUUCAUUAAUGAACUCAUCACUCGUUAUGAGAUACAUUUGGAAGACAAUGUCAAGAGCAGAAAACUGUUGGGAAAUAGUGUUCCGGAAAGCAGAGUGAGGGAGUGUGUGAUGGUGGAGGUGCCAAAUGUUGUAAACAUUGCUGGUCACCAUGUCGUCAUCCCAGAAGAUACGACCCUUAGGGAUGAAAUUGAUAAGACAAUUAGUGAUAUUCUCAGCUCUUCAUCUUUGGAAUCUGUGGCCAAGAUUAGGCGACCAAUUAUCGAGUCCCUAGAUACAUCUCUCUGCUCAGGGAAGUUUCUCCUCACACUUGAUGACAUUCCACCGGCAAACCCAGCACUUCCAAUGUCAUGUCUGUUACAAAGCAUUGAUGGUCUUUGUCAGUAUAACACUUCCACUCAAGAUGAAAAACACCAAAUUAAUGAAAUGAUUUCAUUACUGGACGACAUUCUCCUAGACGGAAGCCAACAACAAUCUCACAUUGAUGACCAACGGGUGCGGGACUGCUACUGAGAACUUUGAAAGGCACCUUCUGUAUGACUUUCAUAGUUGAGUGUGAUUGAGAUGUUGAAAAAAGAGAUUCUAUAUGUGGUUAUUCUCACAGAGGGGAAAUUCAGAUAGAGCUAAACAUAGGAGUAAGGCAACUGUUAUGGGUUGCAUCCUAGGGAAGGUCAGUAGUUCAACUUAAGGGAAACCUUGAUUCAAGUCUUAAGUACAGACUUCCUCUCUCUGACAAUGGGAAUUAUAGGUGGGAGGUGUGAGUAAUUAUUGCCAUAAUGUUGGUAGCCCUCUCCGUCUAUAAGGUGCUGACUAAGAGACUUCAAAAGAAAAUUCUGAAAAGUUACAUAGCAAUUUUUUUUAAUGUUAAAUUAAAUGCCAAGUGUAUAUUGCUCAAAAGUGUAAUGUGGCAUAAAUGGUGACUACUAAAUAUUAUUUAGGUUCAUAAAGUUAUUAAACUUUUGAUAAAGGUUGUUACUAUAUAUUACAAUAUAUUUUUUUACCUAAAAAUGUUUUUAAUUACUGUAUAUUGUACAAGGAAAAGGCCUAAAUGCUACAUCAGAAACUCACUGGUUAGAACUAUAUGUAGUAGGAAUGAUUCCUUCCCAAGGGGUUUAUUUAACCUUGUAGUGACUUACAAGGUUUCACAUAAAGUCUCCCAUUUUUUCCACUGUACUCCAGAUUCAAAAUUAACUUAAGAUAUCCUAAGGUAACCUAACCCCAAUCUAACCAAAACAAGUGUGGCAAAGCCAACACAUGUCCAGAGAGCAUGACUGGAGAGUAAGAUAAAAGGAUUUAACAAUAACAUGAAUAAAUUAUGAUGUGUUUUAGAAAUAAGGGAGGUGGUGAGUAAAUAUUUAAGCUGUAUAAUGAGAUCAAAGUACCGACACCCGAGUGUGGGCAGGUGUCUCAAAAUUUUGAUUGUGGUACUGGAUAGUGCCUUCCAAACUAUUUGCAAGUCAAGGCAAGUUAACCUCCUUGUUAAACGAUUUGGUGGUUUGUAUUCCGGAUAAAAAUUAGGAUUAAGGACAUGCUAGUGACUUUACAAGAAUGUAACAACUCAUAUAUAUAUAUAAUAAAAAAAGUGACAGUUUUGGUUGAGAUACUUUUAAGCCCAUCAUGGUCUAGUUGGCAGUGUGUGCCUCAGGAGUCCAGGAAUGCAGGUUCAAUCCUAUUAAAAGGUUUCAAUAUUUUAUCAUUCUUGUGAUUUCAUUGUGCAAGGUGGAUGGCUGGACCUCCCUUUUCUGAGGGUCAAUCCAAAAUGCUAUUACAUUAUUGCUUUGUUUACACUGGAAUAAAAGACUAGCAAAACUAA